UCUAGUCUAAUCGUCAGAAGCUUUUGCUUUAAAUUAGAACUUACGAGACGAGAUAUCUCUGAAAUAUCAUUAAAUUUUAAAUUAAGCCUAUUGUGAAAUAAAACUACGUUUUCAUUUAUAUAUAUAAUUUUGAUGAGAUUUAUUGUUUUUUGUAGAAGAAUGUCAUCAAUUAAUACAAAUAUGUCUUCUUUGAGGAUGAAAUACCUCGAGAAGAAACAAGUGUUUCUGGAGGAAAAUAUUAAAGUUAAGGAACCAAUAUCGCUAUUUAAAGAUUGGUUACAAACUGCUUUAAACACUGAGGAAAUACUUGAACCAAAUGCCGCCUGCAUAGCAACAGUCAAUAAGGAUGGUUUUCCAUCAAAUCGAUUUGUUUUGGUAAAGGAUGUCGUUCCAGAAGGUUUUAUAUUUUUUACAAACUAUGGCAGUCGAAAAGCCCAGGAUAUACUUAACAACCCUAAUGUUGCAAUAACUUUUUAUUGGUGCCCGCUUCGUAGAUCAGUUCGAAUUGAGGGUGAAGCUGAGAAAAUUUCACAUGCCGAUUCGCUUAAUUAUUUCCACCAGCGACCGCGCGCAAGCCAGAUUGGUGCAUUAGCUAGUGCUCAAAGUACUGUUAUUGAAAGCCGAAAACAUUUGGAUGAAAUCGAAUCAAAAAUUAAAACUGAAUUAGGAGACAAAGAAGUGCCAAUGCCAAAUUGGGGUGGUUAUCUUAUUAGGCCACGCUUGAUUGAGUUCUGGCAAGGACAAACUGAUCGUCUGCAUGAUAGAAUCCGUUUUAGAAGGGGAUCAAAGAAAGAGGAAGAAGUAGAUGAGAAGUUUGUCCACAGUGGAGAAGAUGGUUGGGUUUUUGAACGCUUAGCCCCAUAAGUCAAAGUUCAAACAGUUCCUAAAUUCAAUAUAUUGCAUUUGAAUGUAACAAUUUUUAAAUAAAUAAUCAAUUGUUUAUAUUUGUAAAAAAUUAAUAAUAAAAAAAGUGUUAUAAGAAA